AUGGCUAGGGUUCUAUCGUUUCUCGUGCUCUUGUACCUUGUGGCCUCUACGCUGGUUUGCGUCAGCGAAGCGAGGAAGAUGGUUGGGAUAUACAUGCUCAAGAAAGGGGAUUUCUCCGUGAAGGUCACCAAUUGGGGCGCCACUAUCAUGUCGAUCAUCGUCCCCGACAACAAAGGGAAUUUGGCCGAUGUUGUGCUGGGUAAAGACACCCUCGCUGAAUAUGUUAACGAUACGGCCUACUUCGGGCCGCUGAGCGGGCGCGUAGCACAACGAAUGGCCAGAGGCCGGUUCGUCCUCGACGGCAAAGUAUACCACACGUACAUCAACGACGGCAGGAACGCCAUCCAUGGUGGCCACAGGGGAUUCAGCAAAGUCAUAUGGACGGUGAAGGAGUACGUCGCCGGCGGCGACUCCCCGUAUAUCACGCUCUACUACCGCAGCUUCGACGGGGAGCAAGGAUUCCCCGGAGACUUGGACGUGUACGCGACGUACCAGGUGUCGAGCCCGUACGUGCUGAGCAUCCGCACGAACGCGACGGCGCUGAACAAGGCGACGCCGGUGAACUUCCUGCAGCACGUGUACCUCAACCUGGGCGGGCAGGGCAGCGGCGACGUGCUGGGCCACACGCUCCAGCUCUCCGCGUCCCGGUACACCCCGAUGGACGAGGAGCUCCUCCCGUCGUCGGGCCGCGUCGACCCGGUGGCCGGCACCAACUACGACUUCCGGACGCCGACGCCCAUCGGCGCGCGCAUCCGGCAGGUCAUGGGCGGCAAGGGCGUCCGCGGGUACGACAUCAACUACGUGAUCGACGGGGCCGGCAUGCGGAGGGUGGCGGCGGUCCGGGACGGCGCGUCCGGGCGCGCGCUGCAGCUGUGGGCCAACCAGCCGGCCAUGCAGCUCUACACCGGCAACGGGCUGAACAACACCAGGGGGAAGGGCGGCAUCGUGUACCGGCAGUACGCUGGGUUCUGCCUUGAGACGCAGGCGUACCCGGACGCCGUGAACCACCCCGAGUUCCCGUCCGUGACGGUGAGGCCCGGCCAGGUGUACAAGCACGACAUGCUCCUCAAGUUCUCCUUCUAA